GGUUGUGACAAGUCCUAUUAGAAAAAAAACUAAAUUUAUUAACCUUGCAAAUAUGUGGUACAUAAUAUCACUUAUACUUUUCUUGAUAAGCAAUGUAGAGUUAAGACCAUUGGAAGAUAAUGAUAUUUAUCAUGCAAGAGAUAUAAAUGAAAUAUUGCGGGUACUGGAUCCAAGCUGCCACAAUGAAAUAUUAAGACAUCAGGAUGUAACAAGUGGUUUAUUUCAAUGUCAUAUUACAUGUUAUAAGCAAGGGAAUGGAGCAUGCCGAAAUGAAUGCCAGUGCACAUGGGAGAAUAAAAUUCUAGAUCCUAAUUCAAAUACCAUAAAUAAUCAAGUUCCAGGAAGCACUAAGCACGAGAAUAAUAUAAAAAAUAAAGAAAAUAAAAAGAAACCAAAGCCUACUAAACCAGUACCAAAACCCAAACCCAUUAGUGGCACAAACGUUGUAGAGUUAAUUUUUUCGGAUGAAGAUAGGCUACCAGAUCCUGAAUAUAACUCUGCAGAGUCGAAAGAAAAGAAGAAAUAAAAUAAUAA